AUGCAGAGUAUCGUUGGUCCCAGCUCCAAGAGAGUCCAGUCAAUGCAGGCUGACACCGAGACGGACUUAGCAGCCCAGGAUUUUCUUAGACCACGAUCUGCUGGUUUGAGACUGCCAUUGCCUCUCUCAGUGAUUGUGUCUCAUCUCCCACAGUACCACGGCGAGAAGGGCAUCUCCGUGCCGGACCACGGCUUCUGCCAGCCCAUCUCCAUCCCACUCUGCACGGAUAUCGCCUACAACCAGACCAUCCUGCCCAACCUGCUGGGCCACACCAACCAGGAGGACGCGGGGCUGGAGGUGCCCCAGUUCUACCCGCUGGUCAAGGUGCAGUGCUCGGCCGAGCUCAAGUUCUUCCUCUGCUCCAUGUACGCCCCGGUGUGCACCGUGCUGGAGCAGGCCAUCCCGCCCUGCCGCUCCCUCUGCGAGCGGGCCCGCCAGGGCUGCGAGGCCCUCAUGAACAAGUUCGGCUUCCAGUGGCCGGAGCGGCUCCGCUGCGAGAACUUCCCCGUCCACGGCGCGGGCGAGAUCUGCGUGGGGCAGAACACGUCGGACGCCCCGCCGGGGCCUGGUGGCGCGGCGGGGGGGGGGGGCGCCCCCUCCGGCUUCUCCUUCUCCUGCCCCCGGCAGCUGAAAGUGCCCCCUUACUUGGGCUACCGGUUCCUGGGGGAGCGGGACUGCGGGGCCCCCUGCGAGCCAGCCCGGCCCAACGGGCUCAUGUACUUCAAGGAGGCAGAGGUGCGAUUUGCCCGGCUGUGGGUGGGCGUGUGGUCUGUGCUCUGCUGCGCCUCCACCCUCUUCACUGUGCUCACCUACCUGGUGGACAUGCGCCGUUUCAGCUAUCCAGAGCGGCCCAUCAUCUUCCUCUCGGGCUGCUACUUCAUGGUGGCAGUGGCCUAUGCGGCGGGUUUCUUGCUGGAGGAGCGGGUGGUGUGUCUGGAGCGCUUCUCUGAGGACGGCUACCGCACCGUGGCCCAAGGCACCAAGAAAGAAGGCUGCACCAUCCUCUUCAUGAUCCUCUACUUCUUCGGCAUGGCCAGCUCCAUCUGGUGGGUCAUCCUGUCCCUCACCUGGUUCCUGGCUGCUGGCAUGAAGUGGGGCCACGAGGCCAUCGAGGCCAACUCCCAGUAUUUCCACCUGGCUGCCUGGGCUGUGCCUGCUGUCAAAACCAUCACCAUCUUGGCCAUGGGGCAGGUGGAUGGGGAUGUACUCAGUGGGGUGUGUUACGUAGGUAUCUACAGCGUGGACUCGCUGCGGGGCUUUGUGCUGGCGCCCUUGUUUGUGUACCUCUUCAUCGGCACUUCCUUCUUACUUGCUGGCUUCGUGUCCUUGUUUCGCAUCCGCACCAUCAUGAAGCAUGAUGGCACCAAGACGGAGAAACUGGAGAAACUGAUGGUGCGCAUCGGUGUCUUCAGUGUCCUCUACACGGUGCCUGCCACCAUUGUCCUGGCGUGUUACUUCUACGAGCAGGCCUUCCGUGGCACCUGGGAGAAGACGUGGCUCCUCCAGACCUGCAAAACCUAUGCCGUGCCCUGUCCCAGCCACUUUGCCCCUAUGAGCCCGGACUUCACGGUCUUCAUGAUCAAGUACCUCAUGACCAUGAUUGUUGGGAUCACGACUGGCUUUUGGAUCUGGUCUGGCAAAACCCUUCAGUCCUGGCGACGCUUCUACCACAGACUCAGCACCGGCAGCAAAGGCGAGACGGCAGUAUGAGACCCCCCUGCCCCCUCUGGCACGCACACACACGCAUGCAUGCACACACGCAGAGGAGAGGGAUACUCGGCAGAAGAGGAAGGCAAUGGCUCCCUGAAGAGGGAGGAAGGGAGGCUUUUCCAAACUUUUUCUUCCUCCCAGGGGGUUUGAAAAAAAAAAAAAAGAAGAAGAAAUCUUUGCGUAAAGGAUCAGAUGGACUGUGUCGAGUGGUGCUUAUGCCCAGCUAAGUAGAAGAGCACAGAAAAAGAAGCCGCUGGUGGGAUGGGAGGGUCCUUCACCUGCAAGAAGUCCUCCUGCCUCUCUCUCCCUCUACCCCUGUGCAGGCAAAAAACCCAGCCCAACUGAAACCAUCCUGUCCUGCUUUGGAC